AAGACUUUCGGGAGGAACUGGAUGCUCCCAACCCCACACCAGCCAACACUGUUUUUAUUUUCAACUUAGAAGAACAAAGUCCACAAAAAUAUACAGGUUAAUGAUUUCUGUAGAAAUUUUACCAAACACACCCUGCAGGUCCUAAUUCUAUGUAUCAGAAUGCAGAGAAUGCCAGAGUCUGGAACCGUCUGCUGCUUCUCAUUUGUUCCUGAAAACCCUACUGUGUAGACACUGCUUGCCAGUUGCUCCUCUUUUGAGGCUUAGAUUCCUGCCAAGAUGCUCUACUUGCAGGGUCUGCAGCAGCUGCAGCUGCUGGAGAAGUCCUUGCUGAAGCACCUCCCGGAGUCCUUAAAGGUUUACGGGACGGUGUUCCACAUGAACCAGGGAAAUCCCUUCAAGCUUAAGGCCCUGGUGGACAAGUGGCCUGAUUUUAAUACUCUGGUUAUUCGUCCCGAAGAGCAGGAAAUGACAGAUGACCUUGAUCACUACACCAAUACUUACCAGAUCUUUUCCAAGGAUCCCAAGAACUGUCAGGAAUUCCUUAGCUCACCAGAAGUCAUCAACUGGAAGCAACACUUGCAGAUUCAAAGUUUACAGGCCAGCCUGGAUAAGGUGAUAAAAAAUCUUGUAGCUGUCCAUUUGGGCCAAGUCAAGCACACACAAUGCUUCCUCUACUUGAUACAAGAUACAGCAAAGAAACUGACUCCUUCGCUGCUGGAUGGAAAGAACUCACCUCCCAAUGGCUACAAACCCAAGUCCCUCAACCAAGAGAUGUUUAAACCCGCAUCCCUGGAUAUUACCCAUGCUGCCUUGGUGAAUAAAUUCUGGUAUUUUGGUGGCAAUGAGAGAAGUCAGAGGUUCAUUGAGCGCUGUAUCCGGACCUUCCCCAGCUUCUGUCUGCUGGGGCCUGAGGGGACCCCUGUGAGCUGGAGCAUGAUGGACCAGACGGGAGAGCUGCGAAUAGGAGCCACCGUACCCAAGUACCGAGGCCAGGGUCUCCUUUACCACAUCGCCUGUUGCCAGAUCCAGACCCUGGAAAAACUUGGCUUCCCCAUGUAUGCCCACGUGAGUAAGGUCAACCACAUGGCACAACGACUGUCCAGCAGGCUGCGUCAUGUCCCCAUGCCCUGUGACUGGAACCAGUGGAACUGUGUGCCUCUGUGAAAACAGCCCUGCACACAAGGCAUGGGGUGAGCGGCUUUGCACAUGGCUGCAGAAGAGGAUGGGUAAACAGAGGGAAGAAUAAAUUGUAGCAGAGUGGACUGUGAGCUCUAGGAAGUGGGAGUGAGUGGUCAGCAGCAGAACCGGGGUUCCUGCCCUCAAAUGGCUGGUGGACUUCGCUUUGUUUCCUUAGCAUGAAGUUGACCCAGUACCGCUGCUCCCCGUACCCCAGCUCCCACAUUCCCAGGAUCCUUGCUUGCUUUCCUGUUUGGCUCUCAUUGACCCUUGUGCAUUUGCCAGGAAGUGGAUUCUAUGAUUUCCCACUCUGGCUUCCCAUAGCUUUUAUUUUAUUGACUGGAGAACAGCCUGUCUUCUGAAUAGAUCUUUUGAAAAUCAUUUUUUCCCAGAACACUUCCUAGGCUGUAUUAUAAUCACGUGAAAUAUAUUACACAUGCACACAUGCACAAUAUAUGCAAAGUCAUAGUGAUAAUAAUUAAGAAGACACUCACUAGUAAUAUGUUUUCAGCUCAUAUCAAUAUCUUUUGCAAUGAGUUAUCUUUUUCAGUUCAUACCCCAGGAAAGAGAAUCUAACAUUGCUUCUAAAAGCUGAGCUUCCUUAAUCCCCUCUGGCAAUCCUGGUAUA